AUUUCACAGUUUUGUAGACAGUAUAUUUAAUACCAACACAACAACACACAUGUUCAACACAUGCAUGAUGGACAGCCUUUAAGCUGUACAUUAUCUAAGGCGACUUUGCGAGAUUAACUUUCCGUUCUACCUGUAAACAUACAGGUAUUUAGGUCAGCUCCAAAACGGAUGUUUAUAUUCGUAUUAUCCUAUCAAAAUCCGCGAUUUAUUUAAUGGUGCAAUGAUUCUAAGUGGAAAUGUUUUGUUCUCAAAUGUGAACGAUUGAAAUUAUGUAUUAAGAGUAAUGAAACCACUGAAGUGAAAAAGGUAAACAUUGAAAAGAGAAAGUGAUAAACGAAUAUGGCGGACAGGGUGACAGUCAUUUGGAUAGUCGCAGCGGUACUAGGGUGUCUGGCCCUACUUUUCCAGUUGAUAGGGCUGCUGACCCCGGCCUGGGUGUACACAAGCGGCGAAGGGGACUCAACGAUGAAGGGGUACGACCUCCAGACGGGGCUGUGGUACAGGACCAAGUGUAGCAACGUGGAUUGUAGAAGGAUUUCGUUCGGAGAAGAGUUCCUCACCGACCCUCCGAAUCUGAGUUCGAACCGCGGGCUGGCUGUGGUUGGCUUUCUGCUCUGCCUUCUUGCGGUGGCGUUAUUCUUGGUGAACAGAGCCUGCUGGAAGCGCCGAACCCUGCGGCAGAUCACCCUGCCGACGUCUAUUGUUCUCUGCUUCCUAUCAUUUGUGUUCACCAUCAUUCCGGUCGGCCGCACGAUUUCCGAAAUCGACGAAUUGGGGACCAAGCUAGAUACGAGGUUUCGAAAUAUGCCCUACCGGGUGGUUUUACGGUCGCCAUAUUCCCUUGCCCUAUUCGCGGUGGGGUCAUUCCUUAUACUUGUGGCGGCGAUUCCAAUGGUCAUAAACUUAGUUUUCUAUCGCAAUCGGGAACUAGAUGACGACGAAUACGUCGACAGGCCCGUGACAUUCGCCAGCAAACCUUUGCCAACGGAGAAAAUGAUGGCCGAACCUCGCAAGGGCGACCGUUUGGACUCGUAUGCCCAUCGCCCGCCAUCUAAGGAGGAAUUGGACGACAGAGGACGUCACUAUAAGACCGAACGGGAAUACACCGUGGGACUUCCUAGUGCCAAUGUUUCGCUCGACUCCAAACGGGACCGCGGCGAAUCGAGAGGGGAUUAUGUCGAGCCGAACCGGUUUCGCGGUAAACCGAAAUCUCCCGGGAGAUACACCGACGAUUAUUACGAUGAUCACAAUGUUUCGGACAGUGAAAAUCCUGAUGAUUACGAAUACCCCGAGCGUACUUCACAUCAGUCGUACGCGCACAUGGAUCAGCCGAAAACAGGAAAGACUCGCGUUUCAAACCCUGGUUAUGCCCGCAGUAGCGUUAUUUAGACAUGUGUUUCAAAGUCCGCGUGUUAGCCUCUGGCAGCUAUGCAUAAGUACGUAUAGAGUUGUCUGACGACUUGUGUAGCAGUCCUUUGCUUUAUGAUUCUUACAUUUUACUCUAUAGGCUUAUCUCACUUAACUAUGAUCUUUACGGUAUAUGAAGUGUUGUGUUUAAAUGAUUUCCUAAAUGUUCUUCCAUUGAUAAUCAAAACUACAUGUAGCCGAUACUUCAUUAUUUGUUUAUGCAUUUUGUAUAAAAUAUGAUUGGGCGUGCAAAUACGUGUUCUAAGUUGGCAUAUGUGAUCUUAGUGAAAUAUAAUGUACCUGUUUUUUAUCAUACCUCCGCAUUAAUAUCUGCCUAACAUAACUCGGCAAGCCUCGCCGUUAUAUUAUUCUAAGCCUUGACUGAUAUAUUACAAAAAGAUCAGGCAGUAACCUGUUAUUCUCUAUAUAUAUCAUUUUUAAAUGUUGCACAUGGACGUGUUUUUCACAGACGAGUAGAUUUUGAAAAGACUUAUUAAGACUUUGGAUAAACCGACCUAACUGGGGAAACCAACCAAGUUGGCCCAUUAGAAAUCCUUUUUAAAAUGUAUACCCUCUUAACUGAUUUUAUCAGAAAGAAUCUACCAUUAGUAGAUACAAAUGGAUCAGCGUUGAUUGUACCUACGAAUUAGAUGUAUGGAGAUGUGUUGGAAAUUCGUAGAACAUUUAUUUACUAACACAUGUGAUACAAAUUUUAUCUAAUGGGAAGCAACUCUUGCCUCACGGUGCUGAAUGAUUGAACUCCCUUUCUACUAGAUAAAUCCAUGUCAUUAGACGUAUUUAAUAUGUCUUAUAAGUACAUGUUAAAGUACAUGUGUAUUUGUUCAAUUUAUAGACUAGCUGAUUUGAGUGUGAAAACAUUUUAAGUACGGUGGAUGUGUUUCGCACAGGAUUGUUUUAUUGCUCGUUAUUGUUUACAGAUCUACAUCAAGUGUUUCAUAUUAUAUUCAGAAUGGUUAUAAAAAACUGACGAUAUGUGUGAAGUGAUAUUUGAAAUUGAUUUUGUUAAUACUGCACAUAAUUAUUGUAUUUAAGAGAUUCAGAGAUUAUUUUGUAUGAUUCGUUUUCUCAUAUAUGUUUUAUGUUUACAUGUACAAAUAUAAUCUUGGAAUCUUUAAAAUUUUGCAAACUUUUACUCAAACAAACAUGAAGCUCUCAACAACCUAAACCUUGCCGCAUUUUACUGCAGGAAAUAAUGUUCUGAUAUGUGUAUUCAUUAUCAGAACUUAAAAACAUAUAUUACUGUAAGCAGAUUAAUUGUAUGUCAUUUAUUUGUGUAUAAACAGUUUGAUGUGUUCGUUUAAAUAUCAGGCACUUUAUCGAUUUGAGAUAAAAAUAUAAAUACAUUGUUUAAAUCA